CAAGAAAAGAAAAAGUAACACUAACUAAUCGAGAAUACAAAAUCAAAACCUUCGCCACCGCCGACAGCCAGUCUAGCCUUCUUCGCCGCCCGACCUCAGUCCGCCGCGUCCGUCUAAAUACCCCCAAUUUUAAAAUCAAUCCGAAAAAUAAUCCAAAGGCGCCGAGCGUCGCCGCCGCCGCCAGUUUCGAUAAUUAGGAAAAUCCAACAGCUCAUAACAGAGCAGGCGCGGCGAGUGAGUGAAUUGUGAUCGGAGCAAUAAUUGAUAGAUAUUUCCAGAAUGAUGCAGCGGGGUCCGACUCCGGGCCUCUCGUCCCAGCCCUUGCCAGAGAUGGAACAGCUCAACAACACGCAACAGCCGCCGCCGCAACAGCAGCAGCAGCAUCGACCUUCUUCCUCCGCCUCUUCCCGUGCCCACCAUUUCCACCCCGCCCGACCCGCCAUUCUAGAACUCUUCAAUCUCUACUUGGGCAGGAGAUCGCAGCAGAAAUCAGAUGAAUCAGUUAGGGAACCCCCGAACAAGACACAGAAGCGGGUUACUGCUAUUAACAGAGAGCUUCCUCCCCCUAAUGAGCAGUUCCUCUUGGACUUUGAGCAGAUACAGAGCCAAUUUCCUGACCAGGAGCAACUACGCGCUGUAACAGAAUCUGUCCUAAUAUCUCUUGUUAUUCAAUGCUGUAAUCAUGCUCCUAGAGCAGAGUUUCUGCUCUUUGCUUUGCGUAGUUUGUGCAAUAUAGGAUACAUAAACUGGGAUGCAUUCCUGCCGUCUCUUCUUUCUUCAGUUUCUUCUGCGGAGACCCCGGUUGGUCAGGGCAGUCAAGCUAUGGCUCUUGUUGCUUGUGCAACUUCAUCACAGUCAGGAGUCCCACCACCUUCAAAUGCCAUUCCUAAUAAUGCUAAUUUUCAGGCAUCUAAUCCUGCGUCUCCUUUGCCGUCAAUUCAUGGCAUUGGAUCUCCUGCACAAUCAGGUGCUGAGCCAUCCACGCUGUCUCCGAUGAAGUCAAAUGAUGUCAUCUGCACUGGUCAACAGUCAGCGAGGGCCAAUAUAUCUGUCAGAGAAAAUGUUAUAAGCAGUUUACGUCAACUUUCCUGCAAGAUAAUUUUGAUUAGCCUUGAGUCUAAUCUAAUGCCAGUCACACGCUUCGAUAUCUUUAACCACAUGUUGAAUUGGCUUGUCAAUUGGGAUCAACGGCAGCAAGGGCUUGAUGAAUUUGAUAGUGCACAGUUCUGGAAGCCUGAUAAGGCCCUAAUUGAGUGGUUACAUGAUUGUCUAGAUGUUAUUUGGCUGUUAGUUGAUGAUAAUAAAUGCCGUGUGCCCUUUUACGAGCUCAUACGCAGUGGUUUGCAAUUUAUUGAGAACAUACCAGAUGAUGAGGCACUGUUUACCCUUAUCUUGGAAAUUCAUAGAAGGAGAGAUAUGAUGGCAACCCACAUGCAAAUGUUAGAUCAACAUCUACAUUGCCCUACAUUUGGAACUCCUCGACUCUUACUUCAGGCAACUACCACUGGUGAGACAGUGACAAACAUGAGAUAUUCACCAAUCACAUAUCCAAGUGUACUUGGAGAACCUUUGCAUGGAGAGGAACUUGCAGCAUCCAUUCAGAGAGGGAGUCUUGACUGGGAGCGAGCUAUGCGAUGUCUGAGACAUGCCUUUCGCAACACUCCAUCUCCAGACUGGUGGAGACGUGUAUUGCUUGUAGCACCCUGCCACAGGACUCAGGCCCAAGGACCUACACCAGGUGCUGUUUUUACUUCGGAAAUGAUUAGCGAGGCAACAAUUGAUAGGAUUGUGGAAUUGCUGAAGUUGACAAAUGCAGAAACAAAUUGCUGGCAGGAGUGGCUUAUUGUUUCUGAUGUAUUCUUUUUUCUCAUGAAACAUGGAUGCAUUGAUUUUGUUGAUUUUGUUGACAAACUAGUGUGUCGACUUCAAGACGGUGAUCAACAUAUCCUCAGGACCAAUCAUGUGACAUGGUUGCUUGCACAAAUUAUCCGUGUUGAGCUUGUAAUGAAUGCUCUAAAUACAGACUCAAGAAAGGUGGAGACAACCCGGAAAAUUCUUUCAUUCCAUAAAGAAGACCGAAGUGCUGACCCUAAUAACCCACAAAGUAUCUUGCUGGACUUCAUUAGCAGUUGUCAGAAUUUGCGUAUUUGGUCAUUAAAUACAUCAACUAGAGAAUAUUUGAACAACGAGCAGCUUCAAAAGGGAAAACAAAUCGAUGAAUGGUGGAGGCAAGUUAGCAAAGGUGAAAGGAUCAUGGACUAUAUGAAUAUGGAUGAAAGGUCAAUUGGUAUGUUUUGGGUUGUCUCAUACACUAUGGCACAGCCCGCUUGUGAAACAGUUAUGCACUGGUUAACCUCAGCUGGAGUAACAGAGAUACCAGGAACAAAUCUACAGCCAAAUGAAAGGUUGAUGGUGAUGCAGGAAGUCAGCCCAUUGCCAGUAUCGCUGUUAUCUGGGUUUUCAAUAAAUUUAUGUCUGAAACUUGCAUAUCAAAUGGAAGAGUCUUUGUUUUCUGGACAGGUUGUACCUAGCAUUGCAAUGGUAGAAACAUAUGUUCGAGUAUUGCUCAUUUCACCUCAUGCACUAUUUCGCUCACUCAUGACGCUACUGUCUCCAAAGAAUCAAAACCCACUGAGCAAACCUGCUGCUUCUCUUCUGGUGUUUGAAAUUCUGAACUAUCGGUUACUUUCACUCUACAGGUACCAAGGGAAAAACAAAGGUUUAAUUCAUGAUGUCACAAAAAUUAUUGCUACACUGAAGGGAAAACGUGGUGACCAUCGUAUUUUUCGGCUGGCUGAGAAUUUAUGCAUGAAUCUUAUAUUAUCAAUGAGGGAAUUUUUCUCUGUGAAGAGGGAUGGAAAGGGUCCAACCGAGUUUACGGAAACUAUAAAUCGGAUAACAAUAACUACUCUUGCCAUCAUUAUUAAAACUCAUGGGAUUGCGGAGGUUGAACACCUGCUAUACCUUCAAACAAUUCAGGAACAGAUACUUGCCACCAGCCAACAUGCAUGGUCAGAGAAGACCCUCCGCCACUUCCCUCCUAUUUUGCGAGAGGCCUUAGCUGGUCGGAUAGAUAAUAGGGGCUUGGCCACUCAAGCAUGGCAACAGGCAGAAACAACUGUGCUUAAUCAAUGCACCCAGCUUCUAUCUUCUUCUGCUGAUCCUACGUAUGUCAUGACUUACAUUAAUCACAGUUUUCCUCAACACCGUCAAUAUCUUUGCUCUGGUGCAUGGAUACUGAUGUAUGGCCACCCUGAGAGCAUUAACAGUUUACAUCUUGGUCACGUCCUGAAAGAAUUUUCCCCUGAAGAAGUUACUGCCAAUAUCUAUACAAUGGUGGAUGUCCUAUUGCAUCAUUUCAAUCUAGAACUUCAGUGUGGGCGGUCUUUGCAGGAGCUUAUGAUGAAAGCUUGUGCCAACCUUGCAUUCUUCAUUUGGACUCAUGAGCUAUUGCCAUUAGACAUUUUACUGCUAGCACUUAUUGAUAGAGAUGACGAUCCCCAUGCUCUGCGAAUUGUGAUAAGCAUACUUGACAGCAAAGAACUUCAACAAAGGGUGAAACUGUAUCUUAUGAAUCGUGGUCCAGCUGAGCAUUGGCUUUACUCUGGAGUUUUUAAGCGUACUGAAUUGCAAAAGGCCCUUGGAAAUCAUCUGUCGUGGAAGGAAAGGUACCCGACAUUUUUUGAUGAUAUUGCUGCAAGAUUGCUCCCGGUGAUUCCCCUAAUCAUUUAUAGGUUUAUCGAGAAUGAUGCUUUUGAUGCUGCUGACAGAGUUCUGCAUGUUUAUGCAUCAUUCCUUCAUUACUAUCCUUUGAAUUUCACAUUUGUGCGUGAUAUACUUGCCUAUUUCUAUGGUCAUCUUCCAAGCAAACUUAUCAUUCGGAUAUUGACUGUAUUAGACGUGAAAAAGAUACCAUUUUCCGAAGCCUUCCCUCAGCAUAUCAACUCGUCUAAUGCUCCUCCACUAGACUAUUUUGCUACACUUCUACUGGGCCUGGUGAAUCAUGUAAUUCCUCCCCUGAACAACAACUCUAAGAACGGGCAAGUUGGAGAAGCCUCAAAUGCUUCUGUGCGAGCGCCGCAUAACAAGGCUCAAGCAACAUCACAGGGUGGUCCAUCUGUUGCUCCUGAAGGCCAGAAACCAUUCUAUCAGCUCCAGGAUCCCGGUACAUAUACACAGUUGAUUCUUGAAACGGCUGUUAUAGAAAUCCUCUCUCUUCCUAUAACUGCAUCCCAGAUUGUAUCCUCACUUGUUCAAAUCGUUGUUCACAUACAACCAACUCUGGUCCAAUCCAGCAAUGGGUUACACCCAACUAGCGUCGGCCAAAGUUCUGUGUUGCCUACUUCUCCAUCAGGGGGAAGCACUGACUCCUUGGGCGCUACUAGGACUCCCACAGCAGCAGGAUUAAGUAACUCUAACUUUGUUUGGCGAAGUGGUUAUACGUGUCAACAGUUGUCUUGCUUGUUGAUCCAAGCUUGUGGUCUGCUUUUGGCUCAGCUACCUCCUGAGUUUCAUAUUCAACUCUAUAUAGAGGCGGCGCGUGUAAUAAAGGAGAGCUGGUGGCUUUCCGACGGGAAAAGAUCAGUCUCUGAAUUAGAAUCUGCCGUUUGCUAUGCUUUAUUAGAUCCAACAUGGGCUGCCCAAGACAACACCUCUACAGCCAUUGGUAAUGUGGUGGCACUGCUGCAUGCUUUCUUCAGUAACCUUCCUCUAGAGUGGCUGGAGGGGACACAUCUCAUUAUCAAGCAUCUCAGACCCGUGACAUCAAUAGCUGGAUUGAGAAUAGCUUUCCGUAUUAUAGGCCCUUUACUCCCUCGAUUGGCCAAUGCUCACACCCUCUUCAAUAAGACGCUAUCGGUGCUGUUAAGUGUAAUGGCAGAUGUCUUUGGAAGGAAUUCACAGCCAUCAGCUCCUGUCGAAGCAUCUGAGAUAGCUGAUAUUAUAGACUUCCUGCACCAUAUAGUUCAUUACGAAGGGCAAGGCGGACCCGUGCAAGCGAGCAGCAAGCCGAGAGCGGAAGUGCUGGCUCUCAUCGGAAGAGCAGCUGAGAGUUUCAGCCCAGAUGUACAGCAUCUUAUGACUCACUUAAAAGCUGAUGUGAACUGUUCGAUAUAUGCAGCUACGCAUCCAAAGUUUGUUCAGAACGCCAAUUAACUCGGUUAUGUCGACGCAACUCAAGAUGAGCAUCCGAAGAUAGAUGGCAGCUGCAGUUGAUGAAAGAGACAUAAAUGAAAGUGGCUGUAGAAAAUGUUUUUCUUCUGUUCACUUUCUUGCAAAGAUGAGAUUUUUCUGGUAUUUUAUUUUAUUCCGGAAGAGAGCUGAUAAUCUCUCCGUAUAAUUAGUUAGCUUAUUUUAUAUUUUAUUAUUUAGUUAUUAUGUUUUAAUUUACUUUCCCUAGCGGUUGGAUUUUAUUUGCUUUCCUAGUUUAUAAAAUCUUUUUGUAUCCCACAUAUUAUAAAUAUGUGGAGUCUUUUAUUAUCAUUAAGCGAAUUAAAUAAAUAUUUAUCA